AUGCCAACCAUCUCGUCCUCUCACAAACAGUCCCCUAAUCCUCAAGUGGGUCCCGUCUCCCGCCAUCCUCGGGACUCAAUCGACUCAGCUCUCGCGGAGUCGUCGCUUCGUCAACAGCUCAACAAGGAGGGGGAGGAGUUGAUUUUGGGGCCGGCCCAAUUUAAGAAAGUGGCGGUGGUGCUAUACGCGGAGGCCGUUGUGGCAAUGCCGGAAAGGCAGUUUUUGGCUCGAAUUCCGAAUAGGAGCAGCAGGGUAUUGUGGGAUUGGAACCGUUGGACAAAGGUCCAGGAUAGAUUUUUGGUCGGUGCGGCGAUUGGAGUUUUUACGCGCCUUGGGUCGCGACUUCAUGUCCUUAGUUUAUCCGUUUCACACUUUCAGUCUCCAAACUUGUCCACUUCUAUUCAUUGCUGGAGCGACCUCCGUACAUUAGCUGGCAAUUGGCCAAAGCAAAUGACUAGCUGCCUCCAAUUCCCUGCCGGAGCACGUUCGGUCGGAACUUGGUAUUCUGUUCCAGAAUACGGCUUGCGGAACCAUCGUAUUCCUGUUCCUCUAGAUUAUUCCGCUGAUCGUAAUGGUACUAAGAUCUCCAUUUUCGCUCGCGAAGUCGUCACUGUUGGGAAAGAAGAACAAUCACUGCCUUACCUAUAUUUCUAACAAGGUGGACCUGGCUUUGAAUGCCCACGUCCAAACUGAAGCCCAGUGGAUGGGUUACAUAAAGCAUGUGAAGAAUUCCGUGUUAUUUUCAUGGAUCAGGCAUGGAUUGCCUUAUCAACUCCUUUGACAACAUCUUCAAUGUUGCAACUGGAUUCUCCAGAGAGGGCUGGCUGAUACUUGAAAUACUUUCGGGCUGACAAUAUAGUGAAUGAUGCUGAGUUUAUUCGAGUUCGACUUGUUCCUGAAUGCUGACCUUGGACGGUUUUAGGCCAGAGCUAUGGCGGCUUUUCUGCUGUAACCUAUUUGAGUUUUGCACCCAAAGGACUAAAACAAGUUCUUCUAACUGGAGAUCCAUAAGUAAAUGGAUGCACUGCAGAUAUUGUCUAUAGGGCAGCCUGUGAACAGGUUAUUUCGCCAGAAUGAAAAGUACUACAAGAGUUUCCUCAGGAUGCUGAAAUUGUUCGUGAGUUUGUGAACUAUUUGGCUGAAUCUGAAGGAGGCGGGGUGAUUCUUCCAUCUGGAGGAAUCUUAACUCCAAGAGGACUGCAAACCUUUCUUUCUGGUUUAGGAUCCAGUGCAGGUUUUGAACGUUUCACUAUAUGUUUGAGAGGGUGGUGGGAUCCCAUUAUAGUUCCAGGAUCAAAGAAAAUGAAAUCAGCAGCUAACUUUUUAAAAGCAGUUUCCUGUUGCGCAGCUGCUGUUUAUUAUGAAGAUAUGUAUGUUAAUUUCAAGUGGGAAUGGGAGACAGCUUCUCAGAUAGCAGGUAUUAGAUUAUGGAUACCCAACGAAUACAUGCUUCUGGUCUUGCGAGAUGCAGGAGGUCGGAGUUUUCGAUCAUUUGCUGGGAUGUUUGAUGGAAAGAAGCCUCUGUUCUAA